AAUCAUGCAUCAUGUGCUUGUGUGGUUUCAUUGGAAGUUACAUCAAUCUGUCUGAAACUUGUUAAUAGUGUUGCAUUACAGGUGUAUCAGCUUCUUGCAGAGCCAUUUGACACCCAUGAAAGGCAGCUUUCUGCCCUAAGUGAGUCAGGUGACCAAAACUGGGGUACAAUCGCACGUUGAGAUCCCAUCUGCCGGCAGUGUGGAAGCACAGGAGUCAAGAUGACAUUCAUCGCCAAGACCUUCUACGACCUGAGGGCCAAGACGUUGGAGGGAGACACUGUUGAUUUCAACGUGUUUAGGGGUAGAGUGGUCCUGAUAGAAAAUGUGGCCUCGCUCUGAGGCACCACCACCCGGGACUUCUCCGAGCUCAACCAGCUUCAGAGCAAGUACCCACAUCGGCUGGUGGUCCUGGGUUUUCCCUGUAACCAGUUUGGAUACCAGGAGAACUGCUCCAAUGGUGAGAUCCUGAAUUCACUGCAGAAUGUGCGCCCAGGCGGCGGCUUUCAGCCCAACUUUACUAUCUUUGAGAAGUGUGAUGUCAACGGAACAAACACACACCCGGUCUUUGCCUAUCUUAAAGACAAGCUCCACUAUCCCGAUGACGACCCCAACUCCUUCAUGCAGGACCCCAAAUUUCUGGUUUGGAGUCCCAUCAGCAGGACGGACAUCUCUUGGAACUUUGAGAAAUUCCUCGUCGGGCCAGAGGGAGAGCCCUUUAAAAGAUACAGCAAGAAGUUCCCCACCAUUGACAUCGAGCCUGACAUCCAAAGACUAUUAAGAUUAACCAAGACCUAAGAAUAGCUUCCAACAUUUUAAGAUUUCUCAUACAUCACAGUCAAAGCAGAUAUGCUGUCCUCCACACUUUUAAGCCUUAUUACAUGAGGGUGAUAUUCUGAAAUGCUGAGGGAA